AUGGGAAGGAACGAUCCCAUUUUACCGGAUCAUGUCUUUGAGAUUCGUUGCUCAGACGGUCUGGUCAUGUUCGUCGGUCAACUGGGGCCCGGAGACUGCUUGUCCGAGGAGUUGGAAGCACUCUCGGCUGCCGCGCUCGCGAGUAGGCAUGGUGACUGCCAUGGUGGCCGAUUGCCGGACCUGGGAACAUCGUACAGACGGCGUUCCUGCAUGCCCACCUCGAAGGGGCUACAUGUGACCGGACUGGCACCCGGGCCCUGUAUGACGCUCGCAGUGACCGGCGGUGAUUUGAGCAAAAGUGGCGCUGCCUCGCCGGCCAUCAUGGCAGCAUGUUCAACGUCAAUCUACAAUAGAAAAGCUUCUGCUCCCAUCAAUGGU